AUGGAGAGAUAUUCCCAAUUCCGAGAUCGAGGGUCCGGUAUUGCGCCCUUCCUCCCGAUUCCAGGCGAUCCACUGGGCCUCCAAGCGCCUCUGCGCAUCGUCCUGUUCUGCUUCCGUCUCCCGCUCUUCAUAUUUGUGACUCUGAGCUAUUUCCUGAUCCUACAGUGGCUCCCUAUCGGAUCGCUGGGCAAGAAAGCUGCUUUAUGGUGUAUCCUUGGGGUUCCCAGCAUUUGGUGGGUUGACUUGCAGGUGGAUGGGGUGCGCAAAGGAUCUUUGAAGCAGCAGCAAGCUCGACUGCCACAGCCAGGCUCUGUUAUCGCCUCUUCUUUCACAUCACCAAUCGACGCGAUAUAUCUGGCAGCUAUCUUCGACCCGAUCUUCACAGCGUCAUACCCGGACACCCGUCAGGUCGAGCGUAUUUCCUUGCUCCAGGCUGUCCUGCGAGCUUUUGCGACUCCUUUGACCCAGCCGAGCCCCAGCGCACGAAUGGUGGAUGUAUCAACGCUCGUUGAGAAGCACCCCAACCGGCCCAUUGUGCUGUUCCCAGAGUGCACCACGACAAACGGUCGCGGGAUCCUAGCUCUUGGCAAAUCUCUGCUGAGUGUUUCCCCCGAGACCAAGAUAUUCCCCGUCAGCUUGCGCUAUACGCCCAUGGACAUUGUCACUCCUCUCCCAGGGAGCUAUAUCAGCAUGUUAUGGACACUGCUCAGCAAACCGACGCACUGUAUUAAAGUGCGCAUCGCGGAGAGCGUUACCGCCAGCCAAACUGCACUCGAUACACCACCGGCAAAGUCGACCCGCAAAUCGACUUAUAACACCAAUUACCUUGACAGCAUGGAACAAAACGACGCAGAGGAUGCUUCACCUAGCGAACAGGCGUUACUUGGGAAUGUGGCAGACUCUCUUGCUCGCCUAGGCCGUGUGAAGCGCGUUGGCUUGAAUGUCAAGGACAAAAAAGAGUUUGUUCGAGCUUGGAAACAGAGUCGAUCAACGUGGUGA